AGUGUAUAAGUGGCAGCGGCUCGCGAAAGUCGCUGCGAAGUAUUCCGGUUCUGCGCCGGUAUUCUGUUUUUGUACACAAUUAUCUCCGGCUCGAGGCUCACGCGAUAUCGCUAUAGUGUAGCGCGCUCGAUGCGCCCCGCUUUUUCGCACACACAAAUCUUCAAUCUUUGCAAGGUGUGUGUUGUGCGCACAUAGAGAGCAGCUGCGACGACAAUAUCUCUCCCUCCAGCCAGUCGAUAACCCUCUGUUAAACUCGGUAAACACUGUGUGUUUCAGCAGAUGAUAAGCUGCAAAAUCAAGGGAUUUGAAAUGUUCAAUUUUGCACUGUUUACACGCGUAAGGUAUUAGGACCUUAUGGCAUUGCAUCUAUAUGGCUGAAUAAUAACUAACAAAAGUAAAUAUGGCUCCUCAACCAAAGCCAACGGCAAAUCCAGAAAUUAAAUAUACUAAGUUAUUUAUCAACAAUGAAUGGGUCGAUUCAGUAAGUGGUAAAAAAUUUACCACUAUUAAUCCAGCUAAUGAAAAAGUAAUCGCUGAAGUAUCCGAAGCUGAAAAGGCUGACGUCGACAAAGCAGUAAAGGUGGCUAGAGCAGCUUUUGAAAGAGGUUCUGUCUGGCGUAAUCUCGACGCAUCUGCUCGUGGAAGACUCAUUUACAAUUUGGCACAACUCAUUGAAGACCAUGUGAACGAAAUCGCUAGUUUGGAAUCUUUGGACAACGGCAAGCCCUUCAAUAACUCUUACUACCAGACGUUAGAGUCAACUAACGUCUUACGAUACUUUGCUGGAUGUGCCGACAAAAUACACGGAUUAACCAUUCCUUCUGAUGGCAAAGAAUUCGCUUUGACCAGAAAAGAACCAGUCGGAGUUGUUGGUGCCAUUAUUCCUUGGAACUAUCCAAUAAUCCUUUUGAGUUUUAAACUUGGAAUGGCCUUGGCAGCUGGAUGCACAGUCGUCGUCAAGCCAGCAGAACAAACACCGUUGACCGCUCUGUACGUCGCGAGUUUAGUGAAAGAAGCCGGAUUUCCUCCAGGCGUUGUCAAUGUUCUUCCCGGCUAUGGUCCAUCUACAGGUGCGGCUAUUUCCUCACACCCAGACAUUGACAAAGUCAGCUUUACUGGCUCCUCAGUGGUAGGAAAAGCUAUAUUGGAAGCGUCUGCAAAGUCCAAUUUGAAAAAAGUCAGCUUGGAACUGGGAGGAAAGAGUCCAUUAGUCGUGUUUAACGAUGCUAAUUUGGAACUCGCACUCAAGUAUGCUUCCGAUGCUCUUUUCGUAAAUGCUGGACAAACCUGCAUAGCACCAACCAGAGUAUUUGUUCAGUCUGGAGUAUACGAUAAAUUUACCAAGAGAUUCGUUGAAAUUGCAUCCAAAGUCAAAGUUGGAGAUGCUUUCGAGCCAGGCGUAUUUCAAGGUCCCCAGAUUGAUACUAAAGGUUUCAACAAAGUUCUGUCAUUAAUUGAAACUGGGAAAAAAGAAGGAGCCAAGUGCGAAAUUGGUGGAAAGCGUCGUGGAAAUGUAGGAUAUUUUGUGGAACCGACCGUUUUCACUAAUGUUUCUGACGAUAUGACUAUUGCAAAGGAAGAGAUAUUUGGACCAGUUCAAAGCAUCUUCAAAUUUGAAACUUUAGACGAGGUGAUAAAGCGGGCUAAUAAUACUCCGUAUGGCUUAUCAGCUGGCGUUUUCACUGAAAAUCUAAACACUGCUUUAGAAUUUUCAAAAGCUGUGCAAGCCGGUACUGUAUGGGUUAACCAAUGGGGCGCUGUCCAUCCUCAAACACCUUUUGGUGGAUACAAGACAUCCGGUUUAGGCAGAGAAAUGGGUAUCGGUUCGCUGGACGAAUAUCUGGAAACUAAAACCAUAAACAUUAGCUUGCCGAGCAACCAUUAAUUUUAUUCGUAAGAAUAUAAUAUUUUAGUUAUUCAUAAGUUAUUAUAAAUAUAAUAUUUAUAAUAUAUUGUAAAUAGUCAGUGUAGAGCUACGACUGCGUAUGUAAUUUUAUAGAAGUGUAAUACAUUUCAAGUACAGUGUAAAAAGAUAUACUUGCAUAAGUUUUGUGAAAUGACGAAUAAUAAAAAAUAACAUUGAAUAAUUUGUUAAAUCACAAA